CCGAACGACGCUUGAGCAACAAUCAUGAACGACGACGGGUUGAACCAAGAGGUGGAAGGUGGCGUGGUGCAUUCGCAUGUCCAGUUCGCUGAAGCUGCUGCGAAUGGGUCCAAGACUAUGGUGGAAUUUCUGUUAGACCACGGCGCCGACAUCGACGCGCCUGGAAAAGAUGGCACGACGCCUCUGUGCGCGGCAGCAUUGUGGGGAAAUGAGGUCAUGGUCAAGUUCCUCCUCGCCCGUGGCGCCCGCGUCUCGGCCAACAACGACGGCACGGGAUGGACGGCGUUGCAUGCGGCGGCCUUCCAAGAGCAUGGAAAAGUCGUGCGAAUGCUGCUCGAAGCUGACGCGGAUCCGUUUGUGCGCGACACCGACGGCCGGACUGCGUGCGACUAUGCCAGCAUUUCUGAAGCGAUUUGGCCGUUUUUUGCAGCUCGAGGAUGCGAAAAGAGCUUGAAGCCGGACCUGAUUGACAAAGGAAUCAUCCGCAAGGUCGAAAACCAAGCCGAGGAGUCGGGCUACGAGCCAGCGGUCGCUGAAUACUCGCGCCCGGGAUCGUCGUACCAGCGUGUGCAAAUGAACCCGUUGGGUGGCUUCAAUAAGCGCGCUGACAACACCAAGUCGCGAGAUGGAAGUCCCCGUGUAUUUGUGGACCCUUUGGGGGCUGGCUCGAAGCAAGUGCCGACGGCCACGCCGCGCCGCCCGUCGUUCAACGGCCUCGACUUGUAACUUCGUAAAUAUAUAUCGUAAAUACUAUAAUAGUAUAGAUAAUACAGUAGCUUUUUGUUAAAGCUGCAAAUUAUCAAAGCAUUUCCGCAGCACGCUUCGGUACACCAGCAUCCCGUGCACCGCCACACGCGUCUUGGAUCGUUGAUGCAGUCGCCGCUCGAUAAAGCUGGGGUCGACAAUCAAAUUCCCCCCUUCGUCCACGGCAAUCUCCGUGCCCACGUGUUGAUAUAGCCCCCACUACACAAGUUUAUCACAAAAAAUACUUUACAUUUCCAACACAUUGCACGUUUUUAUAUAUAUAUAUAAACAAAAAAUACUGUACAUCCCCAACACAUUGCACGUAUAUAUAUAUAUAUAUAUAUA